AUGAGUCUUCUUGGGGGGUUUGGACCUACUAUCAUUGCGGUCAUGUGGACCGAAACUAUCCUCGCACUUAUCUUUGUGGCUAUGCGUUUAUACACAAGAAUAACCAUCAACCAUAAUGCGGGAUGGGAUGACGCCUUGAUUACAUUCUUCCUGAUGCCAUACAGUGUGGCAUGUACCUUUGCAGCACUCAAAGGAUUUGGUCGACACUCUGCAGAACUCACCCUUGAGGAAUUCGCUGCUGCCACAAAAGCAGAGAUCAUUGGCCAAACUUUCUGUAUUAUAGGGAUUGCGUUCAGUAAAGCUUCCGUGGCUCUUUUCCUUCUAAGAAUUACCACUGUUCGAUGGCAUCGAUGGGCGCUUCACUUCUUGGUCCUGUCGGUCACCGUCAUUUGCGUCUGUUGCGCCUUAUUCGAUUUCAUACGAUGUGAUCCUGUGGCGCAUGUCUGGGAUCCUGACGUGCCGGCCAACUGCUGGAUCUCAACGGGAGGCUUCACUGCCCUUUCUAUUACUACUGGUGCUGCCUCAUCUGUCGCGGAUUUCGUCCUGGCGGUCUUGCCUUGGUUCAUUCUAUGGGACUUACAGAUCAAGCCAAAGGAAAAGGCUCUCAUUGCGGCAGCAAUGAGUUUGGGUCUUAUCGCUAUGGUUUGCGGGAUAGUGAGAACUGUUACCCUGAAACAGUUAACUGCAAGAUCAGACUACUCCUUCCAAACUGUCGGCCUGAUCUUAUGGUCAUCGACCGAGUUGAUGGUAUCGAUCCUCACUGCUACGAUUCCAACCCUCCGACCCCUCUACAAACAAAUCCGCGGCAUGUACAGCGACAGUAACAACAAAUAUCCUCGCCAAACCAAUGGAUACCGUCUUGACAACAUGCCAGAUGGUAAGAGCGAUCCUGGCUUUGGUCCUUCCAACAUGUACACCCGAACCGAAGUCGUGGGCGGCCAGCAGAAGAACGACGAUAAUAGCGAUAAGAGCAUACUUGGCCGUUCAGAUGGACCCAUCAUACGCACCGAUGCCGUCACUGUCGAAUACGAGGAUGCGUGGAGUAAUAAGUCCAAAACCAAUGUACCCGAAUGGCAGCGAAACAAAGCUUCAGAGCAGGAAACAGUGUAG